GAUAAUUGUUUUUUUUACAAACUGAUAAAAAUGCAAUAUUUGGACAUGUAAUGUUCAUAAAUAUAAAUAUCUCUAUCAUUUGUACAUACAUUUUUAUUAAUAAAUUCGAAUUUGACAAAUUCAAAAAUUACCGCUUUUAAGUUUAGUGCGUAAAACAUCUGGCAGAUGGCUUAAUUAAGCAGUUCAGAAACUGCAAAGAAUAAUAAUGAGAGAUAACAAUGAAUCCCUAAUAAAAAAAUUCAUUGUAAAAAUUUAAAUUUAUCAACAAAGUGAUUGUAUUGAUUUUAUAUUUUUUUUAUGAUAUAAUCAUUUGAUAAGGUAACAGUUCUUUAUAAGAAUAAAAAAAUCUAUCAAAAAAAUUGUGCUCCAAAAUCUUGACAGUGAAUUUGUUUAUCUCACUUUGCGAGGAAAAUUGAUAAAUCAAAGGAAAUACAAGAAUUAUAACAUAAAUAUCAAUUAAAGUCCAGUUGAUUUUUAUUUUAACAACAGUAGAUGAAGAGAAUCAAGUGGACGUGAAAUCCAAAGAAACUAAUAAGAACUUACUAAGCCAAGAAAAAAGUGAGAGACAAUUUUAGAAUUGCGUCAACAAUCGUGUUGUAAUCUCCCACCCUCAUUUUUCAAUAUCUCCAACAAGCAUAACGAGUAUAUAAUUAGCCGCCUACGAGUGCAACACGGCCCACAAAUCGUAGAUUUCAGCUACUUCACCAUAAAGUAACUUCGAAUAAAAAUUGUUUCACAACAACCAAAAGUGUGGAAUGUCACAAGUGUCGUUGAGUUUCAAGGAAAUUUCGUGUAUCAAGCUGUGGUCAUCUGUUUACCUCAAUUUGCCUUCAUGGAAUAUAGUUAUAUUUAGUGCAUGACGACUAGCCAGGGAAGCUGGUGACUAUUUAUCUAUCUCUCAUCACAUCUUCAUCAAAUUAAAGUAAUUAAUUGUUAAAAAUUCACCUAUAACCAUGGAAGAUAUAUUUCAAUGGUGUCGAGAAGGAAACGCCUUACAAGUGCGAGUGUGGCUUGAUGAUACUGAACACGACAUGAAUCAAGGUGAUGAUCACGGCUUCAGUCCUCUUCACUGGUGCGCGAAAGAAGGACACUCAAAACUUGCUGAAUUGCUUGUCAGUCGAGGAGCUAGAAUCAAUGCAACCAAUAGAGGUGAUGAUACUCCACUGCAUUUGGCGUCUGCUCAUGGUCAUAAAGAGAUAGUACAAUUGCUACUUCGUAAUAAAGCUGAUGUUAAUGUUACAAACGAACAUGGUAACACGGCCUUACACUAUGCUUGCUUUUGGGGAGAUCAAGCAGUUGCAGAAGAACUUGUUACUGCGGGAGCUUUAGUUUCUAUUGCUAAUAAAGAUGGGGAUACGCCAUUAGAUAAAGCCCGAGGACCUUUGGCCAAACGUUUGCAUGAUCUUGCGGUUGAAUUUGGACAGGAUUUCAAAAAAAUACAAUUUAAAGACCAAAGUUGGCUAGGAUUGAAGACUCGUAGUCGUGAUGCCACACUCUCCAGACAUAAAGGUAUUAACAUGAAUGAAUUGUCUCUUAUGACUCACUUAGCGAGCACUCCCAGUGGAGAAACAUGGCGUGGAAAAUGGCAAAACAAUCACAUAGUAGCUAAAAUCCUUAAUGUACGAGAUUGUACAGCUCGUAUAUCUCGAGAUUUCAAUGAAGAGUUUCCAAAACUCAGAAUUUUCUCUCAUCCUAAUGUAUUGCCAGUUCUUGGUUGUGUAAAUCAACCCCCACAGCUUGUGACUGUCUCACAGUACAUGUCACGAGGGAGCUUACAUCGACUUCUUCAUAGCGAGACGGGAAUAGUUGUCGAUACUGCUAGAGCUUUACGUUUAGCGUUGGACGUAGCGAGAGCAAUGGCAUUUUUGCACGGACUAGAACGACAAAAUCGAUGUCGUUUUCAUUUGAAUAGCAAACAUGUCAUGAUUGACGAAGAUUUAACUGCUCGUGUUAACAUGGCAGAUUCAAAGUUCUCAUUCCAAGAAGUAGGCCGCAUUUAUGAGCCUGCAUGGAUGUCACCGGAGGCACUAAGUAAACGGCCUGUGGAUAUAAAUUUAGAAGCAAGUGAUAUGUGGAGUUUUGCUGUUUUACUGUGGGAGCUUGCUACAAGAGAGGUUCCUUUUGCUGAUUUAUCUCCUAUGGAAUGUGGAAUGAAGAUUGCGUUGGAAGAUCUUCGUGUAACUAUUCCACGAGGAAUCUCACCCCACCUGGCAAAACUCAUAAAAAUAUGUAUGAAUGAAGAUCCUGGCAAGCGUCCUUCAUUUGAUAUGGUCGUGCCAAUUCUUGAUAAAAUGAAACGCUGAAGAAGUGGAUUUUCUAAUAAGCUCAAAUUCUCCUAGAAGAAGAGCCAGAAAUUAAUGUUCACUAGACGUAACUGAUUAAUUCACGAGCCUGUUUAAAGUCAAUAGUUACUGAAUAACCUGACUGAUUUCCACGAAUCAAAUACGCAAAUAUGCAGACACAACUCAUGAAUCUCCAUUGCUGGUGCUAACAAGUAUAUCACAAAGAAUAUCUAUAAAUAUGCAUUAUAAAUUCUCACACAAUAUUUUUUUAUGUAAUGUUGAAAUAACUCAACUGUCACUGUGCCUUAAUUAGUUAAUUUUAUCUUUAGAUGGAUAUUCUAUUUUUAAAAAUAAUAUU